CUCGCUCGCAGGUUUCUUAAUCUUAUCGCACUAACCAAACAACCCCUUCUUCCUCGCUGAGAAGUUAGAAUGGAAGGAAACAGCAACGACGCAACGAGAAAAAAACGUUACUGUUAACUCCUGCAAUCAAAAUAACCCACCCUCGUUUCUCUCUCUCUCUCCCUCACGCGCGCACUCCAUUUCUAACUAACCAAUAUCGCCAAACCGACGCGCCUCGCAAACCUAGGGAGAGGGAACUUUCCUGGAAAAUUGAGCCGCGAGAAAAUUUCCCGACGGAGGAGAAAAAAUUAGAAGCGCAUGGCGACGCCGCUGACGGGGCUGCAGCAUAUGGACGGCGGCGGCGGCGGAGUGGCGGUGCUACCGAAUCCGGUGAGUAAGGUGGAUUCCUCCGCCAAUGGCGGCGGCGGUUUCGGCCUGUCGCUGUCGGAAUCGCCAAUUCUGAUAUUCUCGUUCUUCCACAAGGCGAUUCGGAACGAGCUCGACGCGCUGCACCGGUUAGCGAUGGCGUUCGCCACCGGAAAUUGCUCAGACAUCCAGCCCCUCUUCCAACGCUAUCGUUUCCUCAGAUCGAUGUACAGACACCACUCCAAUGCUGAAGAUGAGGUGAUUUUCCCAGCUCUAGAUAUACGGGUAAAGAAUGUAGCACAGACAUAUUCACUCGAACACCAGGGUGAAAGUGAAAUUUUUGAACAUCUAUUUGAGCUGUUAAACUCUUCCGUCCAUAAUGUUGAAAGUUUUCCAAAGGAAUUAGCAUCCUGCACAGGAGCUCUGCAGACAUCAGUUAGUCAACACAUGGCUAAGGAAGAGGAGCAGGUAUUUCCACUGCUUCUUGAGAAGUUCUCCCUUGAGGAACAGGCAUCUUUAGUUUGGCAGUUUCUCUGUAGUAUUCCUGUGAAUAUGAUGACUGAAUUUCUUCCGUGGCUCUCAACAUCUAUAUCACCCGAUGGAUCUCAGGAUUUGCGGAAGUGCUUAAGCAAGAUAGUUCCAGAGGAAAAACUUCUUCAAAAGGUUAUUUUCACCUGGAUGGAAGGGAGAAGUCGUGGUAACACAGUUGAAAAUCGUGUAGAUCAUUCUCAGGUGCGAUGUAGUCGUAAUCCUCUUAGCCAUCAGAAUGGAAAAAUAAAAUGUGCAUGUGAGUCCACAACAACUGGGAAAAGGAAAUAUUCUACAUGUAUCACAGAUGUUUCUGAUACCAUCACAACACAUCCUAUAGAUGAAAUAUUGUUCUGGCAUAAUGCGAUAAAAAAAGAGUUAAAUGAGAUAGCAGUACAGACCAGAAAGAUACAACUCUCUGGAGAUUUUACUAACUUGUCAGCUUUCAAUGAAAGGUUGCAAUUCAUCGCAGAAGUUUGCAUAUUUCACAGUAUUGCUGAGGACAAGGUUAUUUUUCCAGCAGUAGAUGGAAAAUUUUCUUUCCGCAAAGAGCAUGCUGAAGAAGAAAGCCAAUUUAAUGACUUCCGUUCUUUAAUUGAAAGUAUUCAAAGUGAAGGAGCAACAUCUAGUUCAGAAACUGAAUUUUAUUCAACAUUGUGUUCACAUGCUGAUCAUAUACUGGAAACAAUACAGAGGCAUUUCCAUAAUGAAGAAGUUCAGGUUCUUCCUCUUGCACGGAAGCACUUUAGCUUCAAAAGGCAACGUGAACUUCUCUAUCAAAGCUUAUGCAUGAUGCCAUUAAAGUUGAUUGAGCGUGUCCUGCCAUGGUUGACUAGUUCGUUAACUGAAGAUGAAGCACAGAUGUUUUUGAAAAACAUGCAAUUGGCAGCUCCAACAAUAGAUUCUGCUUUAGUCACACUGUUCUGUGGUUGGGCUUGCAAGGCUCGUAAAGAUGGUCUGUGUUUGUCUUCUAGUGUGUCAGGCUGCUGUCCUGCCCAGAGAAUUACUGAUAUUGAAGAAAAUAUUGUUCAAUCUUCGUGUCCUGCUUCUGCAUAUUCAGGUAGAGAUUGCUCAGUAUUUGCCGAAUCAGAUGGGACCCAGCAAAGAUCAGUGGAGCAAAACAUACUGGAGGUGCACAAUGAAGAUGUCUCUGAAGUUUCAGAAAGUGAAAGUAUUCACAAACGAUGUUGCAGUUCGCGGUCUUGUUGUGUACCAGCAUUAGGAGUCAGCAGGAACAAUUUGGGGCUGGGUUCACUCACUACGACCAAGUCCUUACGCUCUUUGUCUUUCACUGCUUCUGCUCCGUCCAUUAAUUCUAGUCUUUUUGUAUGGGAAACUGACAACAGCUCAUGUGAUGUUGGCUCUACAGAAAGACCAAUAGAUACCAUAUUUAAAUUCCAUAAAGCCAUACGCAAAGACCUGGAGUAUUUGGACAUUGAAUCUGGAAAGCUUUGUGAUGGUGAUGAAACAAUCAUUCGGCAAUUUAGUGGAAGGUUUCGGCUUUUGUGGGGUUUAUAUAGAGCUCAUAGUAAUGCUGAAGAUGAUAUAGUAUUUCCUGCACUUGAAUCCAAAGAGACACUUCAUAAUGUGAGCCAUUCCUACACAUUGGAUCAUAAGCAGGAGGAAAAAUUAUUUGAAGAUAUUUCCUGUGUUCUUUCUGAGCUUUCUGUCCUUCAUGAAGUCUUGCAGAGGACCCACAUGUCAGCAGAUUUAAGUGAAAAUAGUUUUGGAAUUCCUGAUGCCAAUGAUAGGGAUAAUGUGAAAAAGUACAAUGAGCUUGCUACUAAGCUGCAAGGGAUGUGCAAAUCUAUUAGAGUAACCCUAGAUCAACAUAUUUUUAGAGAAGAGCUUGAGCUUUGGCCACUGUUCGGAAAACAUUUCACUGUGGAAGAACAAGACAAGAUAGUUGGCCGGAUAAUUGGAACUACAGGUGCUGAAGUUCUCCAAUCAAUGUUACCAUGGGUAACUUCUGCACUUACAGAGGAUGAACAGAGCAAAAUGAUGGACACAUGGAAACAGGCAACCAAAAACACCAUGUUCAAUGAAUGGCUAAAUGAAUGCUUGAAAGAAAGUCCUGUAUCUACAACACAGGCAGAAGCUUCAGAGCGUAGCACUUCUCAAAGAGGUGGUGAUUAUCAAGAAAGCUUGAACCUGAAUGACCAGAUGUUCAAGCCAGGUUGGAAAGACAUUUUCAGGAUGAAUCAGAAUGAACUUGAGUCAGAGAUCCGGAAGGUCUAUCGUGAUUCUACUCUUGAUCCAAGGAGAAAGGCGUAUCUUGUGCAGAAUCUAAUGACUAGUCGCUGGAUAGCUGCCCAACAGAAGUUACCCAAGGCUCCAUCUGGGGAAUCAUCCAGUAAACAAAUAGAAGGAUGCUCACCUUCUUUUCGGGACCCAGAGAAACAUAUAUUUGGUUGUGAGCACUAUAAGCGAAAUUGCAAGCUUCGAGCUGCUUGUUGCGGCAAGUUAUUUACUUGCAGAUUUUGUCAUGAUAAUGCAAGCGAUCACUCAAUGGAUAGAAAAGCAACAAUGGAAAUGAUGUGUAUGCAGUGCCUGACUAUACAGCCUGUUGGGUCUGUAUGCAUGUCUCCUCAAUGUAAUGGACUUACAAUGGCAAAGUACUAUUGCAACAUUUGCAAAUUCUUUGAUGAUGAAAGGAAUGUUUAUCACUGCCCUUUUUGCAAUAUAUGCCGUGUUGGACAAGGGCUUGGAAUUGAUUAUUUUCAUUGUAUGAAGUGCAAUUGUUGCCUGGGGAUAAAAUCUGCCUCUCAUAAGUGCCUGGAGAAAGGUUUAGAAAUGAACUGUCCAAUUUGCUGUGAUGACUUGUUCACAUCAAGCGCAACAGUGAGAGCUUUACCGUGUGGGCAUUACAUGCAUUCAUCUUGCUUUCAGGCAUACACUUGCAGCCACUACACGUGUCCAAUCUGCAGCAAAUCAUUGGGAGAUAUGGCGGUUUACUUCGGUAUGCUUGAUGCUUUAUUGGCUGCUGAGGAGCUUCCUGAAGAGUACAGGGACCGCUAUCAGGAUAUACUCUGCCAUGACUGUGACCAAAAGGGCACUUCACGCUUCCACUGGCUAUAUCACAAAUGUGGUUCUUGUGGCUCAUACAAUACCCGGGUAAUCAAGAGUGAGGCAACAAAUUCUAGCUGCCAUUAGCUUUAUUAUCUUUUGCAGUGGAAGUACAGAAUGUGUAAAUAUUUGUAUAGCCUAUCCAAUUUUCCCCCAACCAGAAAAAUGGUUACUUUUCUACCAAUGCAAGUCACUUGCACGGAUGCCUCUCAUGAGUUCACUCAUCUUCUCGUAAGCCGGAGAUAGAAACACCAAAUGAAUUCCAUAGUUGUCAUGUAUAGAUAAGCUCAAAUCCAUACUUUUUGCUCUGGAUUAUUUACCUUUUCCACUUCUCUGCUUCUUCUAGUUCUAGGUAAAGUUCAUUUAAGUGCACACUAGCUUUUCUUACACAAUCCUGGGUGAAGGGAGACUAAUUGAGUCAUGUCAGAUUCUGUUAGAUUUUUUUUUAAUGUGAGGAUAUAUAUAUACCAAAUGAUUUUGUGGAGCUUAAUAAACAACAGCAUAUAAUUUUUAGCACAA